AUGCUUGGAAGCUAUAGAGAAGUUAUGUGGCCAAGACUUGUGGCCAACAAGAUCCUAAGGAAAAGCGUCGGGAGCAAUAACUUCGUCGCCGACUUCCCACCAGACACCGAUGAGAAGCUCCUAGAAGCUUCGGGAUUAGCUGAUGAACGACCUUCUUUCGAUUCUAAAUCAAUUGUUUUCAACCAACACAAAACCACUCAUCUCAACUACAAGGUUUUUGUAAGCACAUGGAACGUUGGUGGUAUCGUACCGGACGAUGGGCUGGACAUGGAAGAUCUAUUGGAAGCACAUAAAACGCCGUGCGACAUAUACGUGCUAGGGUUUCAAGAGAUUGUGCCUCUUCGAGCUUCAAAUGUUUUGGGAUCAGAUAACAACAAGGUCUCUGCGAAAUGGAACUCUUUGAUAAGAGAGAAUUUGAACAAGAGAGUAGCAGAACCUAACCAAGAUAAAGAGAAGCCGGAAUCAGAGGGAAUUAACGGUAUUUCACAAGAUUUCAGAUGUAUAAUAAGUAAACAGAUGGUGGGAAUCUUGAUCACCGUUUGGGUCCGAGGUGAUCUCUGGCCGUACAUCCGACAUCCUAGCAUUUCAUGCGUCGGAUGCGGUGUCAUGGGUUGCUUAGGAAACAAGGGAUCGGUAUCGGUUAGAUUUCAACUGCACGAAACAAGCUUCUGUUUCGUUUGCAGCCAUCUAGCUUCCGGUGGCCGUGAUCGAGAUGGACGGCACAGAAACUCAGACGUCAACGAGAUCUUAGCAAGAUCUAAUUUUCCUCGAGGCACAUCUCUCGACUUACCCAAAAAAAUUCUUGAUCACGAUCGAGUGAUUUUUCUGGGAGAUUUGAAUUAUCGAAUCUCGUUACCCGAGGAUAAGACAAGAUUAUUGGUGGAAAGAAAGGAAUGGAGCGUCUUACUUGAAAAUGAUCAGCUAAGGAUGGAGAUCUUGAACGGCCAAAUUUUCAAAGGAUGGCAAGAAGGAAUCGUCAAAUUUGCUCCGACUUAUAAAUAUAUUCCAAAUUCGGAUUUAUAUUAUGGAUGCAUUACAUACAAAAAAGACGAGAAGAAACGAGCUCCUGCAUGGUGUGAUCGAAUUAUAUGGUACGGAAAUGGACUGAAGCAACAUCAAUAUACAAGAGGAGAAGCGAAUAUAUCUGAUCAUAGACCUGUCAAAGCAAUUUUCACCACGGAAGUUACAGUUUUACAGCGUGGUAAAAAGAUUCGUAAUUUAUUUUUCUCGGACAGGUUUGAAGACAGAAUUGACGGGUAUAAUGAAAUAGAUUCCAAGGACUAUUCGUGGAUAUCUACGUAA